UGACAGAAAUCUCUGGUAAACCUGCUCAGCGUUUCCAUAGCGACGGUACCCCGGAAAUACAACACAACCGAUCAGUGGCGAUAAGCUUACCGUUUUCUUAUCUGCCACCGUGUUUAUCAAAGAGGAACAAAAGCGUGGGAGCGUUUUUUUCGUUCGUCGGUUAAACCGGUAACGAUGUCGGAGCCCGAAGAGGAGUUCGAGGAAGAGCAGAGGGACAGCGCGAAGACGAAGAAGAAAGAAAAACGAAGCGCGAGGAAAAAGAAGAAGAAGAAGAAGGAGGAGGAGGAGGAGAAGGGGAAGCGGGAGGAAGAGCAGGUGGAGGAAGAAGGGGAGGGGGAAGAGGAGCAGAGUGAUUGUGUUGUCCUCCGUGGCAUCUUCAAACUGGGCAAGAAGAGUCACGAUGUCCUGCUCACCCAAACCAGGCUGACGUGGAUGCCCAUCAUCCCGGAGAUCCCCACAGCUGAGGCGUGUGCGCUGCAGCCAGGCGUGUUGAUGCUCCGCGACGUGUUUGCGGUGAAGGUGAAGCGGCGGCGAGCGGUGGGCCAGCAGUUGGGGGGACCCGUCCUCGGCGUGGCCCUGUUCUGCUGCCGGAGGAGGGGGAAGAGGCUGGAGGAGGAGACUCUGCACCUCCACAAUGCGUCCGCAGAACACACACAAACCUGGUACACCACCCUGAAGGAGCUGCUCACAGAGUCCAGCAGUCGUCCAAAGUAUCUAAAGGUGUUCAUCAACCCCAGCAGCCACAAGAAGGAGGCCGUCCACAUCUACAGAGAACAUGUGGCUCCGCUCUUCAGGAUGGCCGAUGUCCGCACUGACAUCACUGUGACAGAACGGAAAGGUCAUGCUCUCUCAGUGAUGAAGGAAUGCAAGCUGGAUGAAUAUGAUGGGGUGGUGUGUGUUGGUGGGGACGGGUCGGUGGCGGAGGUGUGUCACGCUAUGGUCCUCAGAGCUCAGCUGGAUGCUAAUUCUCCAGAGAAACCAGUGAAACCAGUGCUGCCACUUGGAAUCAUUCCUGCCGGUUCUACAGACGUGGUUUCCUGCUCUGUUCAUGGGGUCAGAGAUCCAGUCACUGCAGCCCUGCACAUCGUCCUGGGUCACCGGCUGCAGGUGGACAUGUGCAGCUUCUCGUCUCUUGGGCAGUUGGUGUGUUUUGGUUUCUCCGCCAUGUUUGGCUUCGGUGGGAGGAGUUUAGCGCGGGCAGAGAAGAAGAGGUGGAUGCCGUCGUCACGCCGACGAGAGUACGCUGUCGUGAAGACCCUGGCGAGUCUGAGACCGGAUGACUGUCUGCUGUCUUUUCUACCAGCAAAGAAGUCAAACAGUGACCAGGACCAGGACCCAGAAUCAGGAAGGGAGGAGACUUGGACAACUAAUCAGGGCCUGUAUCUAAGCAUCAGCAUCAUGUCCAUCCCCUGUCUGAGUCAACAUGCACCUCGAGGACUGGCACCCAACACCAGUUUGGCAAAUGGCAGCGCAGCAUUGAUCGCAGUAGGAAACACGUCGAGGUCAGAGUUCAUCAAACAUCUGAAGAGAUACAACAGCUCUAGUGGACAGUUCAGCUUCUCGUUCGUGGAGACGCACACCGUCUCAGCGGUGAGGAUUUGCCCCCGCUCUCCGAUUGGCUGUUCAGAGGAGGAGAGUGAGGAGGAGGCCGAGUCCAAAACCUCGCCCAUCAUCCAAUCAGAGGGAGCCGCCUUCCCCUGGAACAUCGAUGGAGAGCUAGUGGAGAUUGCGAACGAAGUGCUUAUCAGGGUCCACCCGCAGCUCAUCACUCUGUACGGGGAGGAGGUGGACGAGGCCGAGUCAACCGUCUCCUGCAGCUGCAUCUGAGUCAGGCAGAGGGCACUGUGUGUGUGUGUGUGUGUGUGUGUGUGUGUGUGUGUGUGUUGGGACAGAGACACACAACCAUGGGAACCAAACGGUGCCCUCAUUAGAUCAUCACUGUUUCCAAGGCGACGUGAACUUACGGAGAAGUUUGAUUCAAAGUAGCAUACACACAUAAAACAUAAAACUAGCCACAGAGCUUUCUGAUUACUUCAUGUAUUUUAAAGCUGCAUUUAUUGGUGUUUAUUGUUAUUUACUAUUGCGGCUUUAAUAACCAAGCAGGUAACUUGGAGAUACCUUUAACUCACAACUUUACCUGUGCUUUAAAAGGUUUAACACUAGUUGACGAGGAGAAAGAUUAAUGUUUUUUGUAUAAUUCCAUGUCCACAUUUUACUAUACUUUAAUCACCAGCUCUUUUCUUAAUAUUAUCUAUAUAUAUUUUUUUACAUUACAUGUUUCAUGACCAUUUUUGGUUCUGCUGCAGAUUGAUAGCAUACAAUCUAUAAUGAUGACCUUUUCAAUUUUCUAUUAGAAACUCUUUCACUUUAUUUUUGUUUUUAUCAUGAUAAAAAACAAGAAAAAGUUGUUUAAAUAGAAAACCCUUAAUUUUAAUAUAAAAUUGUGUUUAUAAGCAGUGAGACUCCAGUGCAGACUUCAACUUCACAUAAACAUAAAACAAACUGACUGAAUAUUAAAAGCAUUAUGUGUGAUGUGUAUUUGUACUGAAUAGAUAAUCAGAAUGGAGGAUGGCAGCUGUUUUAAAUGUCUGCUUUCACAAAAUACAGAUGGUUAAAACA